GCACUUUGGGGCAAGUCUGGGCAUGCGCACGUCCUUUGGUCUUGUAUUUUUCUGGGAUAGCAGACCAGACGUAGGUUGUUGUGGUCUCACGCAGCAAGAGAAUUUCUCUUUGCUCCUGGUUGUUAAAGUCAAGGAUUCAUGCUGCGCUCCAUUUAGUUUGGAUCUGGGAAUGACGGACACCCAAUUUAAUCAAGUUCCUGCUUGUUUUGACUAGUUUUGUGAACCAUGGCUCCUGCUGCAUACAGAAAGCUGGCUGGGCUCAUUGCAGCUACCUUUACCCCAUUCACCCCUCAAGGUGAAGUCAACUUGUCAGUUAUUGGACCUUAUAUUGAUUACUUGUCAGAACAGCAAGGUGUAAAGGGCAUAUUUGUAAAUGGCACUACAGGGGAGAGCUUGUCUCUCACUGUAGCAGAGAGGAAGAUCCUGACAGAGGAGUGGUGUCAGAAAGCCAAAGGCAGGCUCGUCACGCAGCACAAACUGGGGCAGAUGGGAUUGCAGUCAUCGCCCCCUUCUUUUUUAAGCCCAGAACUGCAGAGGCUUUAAGGGAAUUUAUGAAGGAAGUUGCUUCUGCUGCUCCAAACCUGCCUUUCUACUAUUACCAGAUUCCAGCUCUUACUGGUGUUAAUGUGCACGUGAGAGAUGUGAUCGAAGGGAUCGAGAAGCUCAUUCCCUCCUUCAGGGGUGUGAAAUUUUCUGGGUGCGACCUCAUGGACUUUGGUCAGUGUGUCAGUUACUGCCAGGCUGACUGGUCUGUCCUGUACGGCGUGGACGAGCAACUGUUAGCAGCCCUGGCUAUGGGAGCCCACGGAGCAGUUGGCAGCACCUACAACUAUAUAGGUUGUCAUGUCAACAAGCUCUUGUCAGCAUUUGAGAAAGGUGAUCUUGUCCAAGCCAGGGCGAUUCAGUUCAAAAUGCAAGAGCUUCUGAGCUACGCCAUGAAGCUGGGCUUUGAUGUUGGCGUGAACAAGCAGCUGACGGCCGAGUUGUCAGGCUUAUGUCUGGGACCCCCUCGACUCCCGCUGAUGCCGUGUCCUCAUGAUCACGCCCAGCUGAUCGUGCAGAAAUAUCACAGCCUAUUUUCUAAACGCUGACAUGUUUGUAGUCAAUUUUGAAAACACUGGGAUCUAGAUUUCACUUUACUGGUGAUACCAUUUACAUUAACCAAGUCUGAGAGAAUUAUUAAUUAUUAUUUGUUAUUUUAUCUUUCAAAUGUUUAUUCUUAAUCAAAUAUCUGUGCUUAUUAUCGGUCCCGUUUUUAAACAGAGCAGGAUAAGUGGCUGUUACCUUUCUGAAUGUCCUUCAUCUUUAUUUUAAGGUGGAAUUGCUGGGGCAGACCCAGAUAAACAUUUAUUUGUUGGGUUUUCUACUAAACCAGAUUAUCCUCCAGUGUGAGGUCAUGGCUGAUUUGUAUUGUAUGAUUUGAACAAAUAAACUUUAGCUUUUAUUUUCCAUUUGAUAUUUAUUUUUAUAAAUGAUCACAGUGAGACAAACUAUCUUAAAAUAAGUGUUGAAAUUCUCAAUUUUGAAAGCUUUUGGGUUAAGAUGGAACUGUACUUCCUCUCAAUAUUUGACCAAAUCCGAUAGGAGGCGCUGUUUCAGUGCUGCUUUGCUAAAGUUCUUUUUUUUAAUAAUCACCCAAUAAACAUAAAAACCCUUUUACUGAAUAUCUCAAUGACAUCAAUUACUUUAGUUUCACUUUGUUCACUUUAUGUUUUGUGAUCUUAACAACACUCCCAUGUUUUUGAGCUUCUCAACCACCAAAUGUGGGCCUGUAAGAGUCCAUCUGAUUGGUUCGAUUCAUUGCAUCUACAUUAUUUUGUACUGUUGUUGACUGCAGUUACUUGCAUUGUUGAUAUUUCACAUAUUAAUAAAAUGAAGCCAGUAAAUUUUUGAAUAUUUUGUAGUCAUUUAUGAAAAUCUGGUGUUACUGUUGCUUUGUUUUGAUAACAUAAAAAAGGAAAUAAUAAAUUGUAUUUUUAAGACUGGUAUUUAAAUGCUACUAAUAAAUAUGUAUGUGUUACUCGC